ACAGCGGAUCAUAUCGAUUAUUUCGUUCAGUCGAUUCAGUAAUAAAGGUCAUAUCCUGCUCCUUUUUGACCUUUAUUAAAUAUUUCGGGGCCCGAACUAGGUCACCGAGCUCAAGAGACAGAAGGAAGGGAGGGAGGAAGGACCAAAAGCCACGCGCCGUUUUAAGUGCCACAGGUGAAUUAGUAUGCGAAAGCCGAUAUAAGAGUAAUUUCAGUUCGGUGCUUUUCAGCCGCCAGAGAGCAAGACCAAGGGACUUUUCACUGCCUAUGAGUCGGAAGGGACCCGGCGGCGCUGGGCAAAGUGCGGAACUCAACUUCUCGCUCUUCGGGUUCUGCGGCUCAGGACCCCAGAGCACGUUGCACCGGAAGGGGAGAGCUUCCUCUCCUUCGCAGCGUUUCGCCAUGGCUCGGGGCCCCAAGAAACACUUGAAGCGGGUUACAGCGCCUAAGCAUUGGAUGCUCGACAAGCUAACGGGUGUUUUCGCGCCUCGUCCAUCGACAGGUCCCCACAAGCUGAGGGAGUGUCUCCCCCUCAUGAUCUUCCUCAGGAAUAGACUCAAGUAUGCGUUGACUGGAGAUGAGGUAAAGAAAAUAUGUAUGCAGCGCUUCAUCAGAAUCGACGGCAAGAUUUGAACUGACAUCACAUACCCAGCUGGAUUCAUGGAUGUCAUCAGCAUUGAGAAGACAGGUGAGCAUUUCCGCCUGGUCUAUGACACCAAGGGUCGUUUUGCCGUUCACCGUAUCACAGCUGAAGAGGCAAAGGUAAGUCCUGUGUGUCAAA